UUAACAGCCGCUUCUUUGUGAACUGUUGUAAACAUGGCGGCCGCGGUGUGCAGAGCUCUGUCCUUCACUCGAAACGCUAAGGCGCUGGUUCAACCUUUAAGGUUGGCUGCUGUACCCGUCCACCGAUACAGCUUAGAAGUUUCCAGCACCGGGGAGACUGUCACUCAUACUGGCCAGGUGUUUGAUGAAAACGAUCCCCGGAGAGCCAGAUUUACUGGUAAACAGAAAGAGGUGAAUAAGAAUUUCGCCAUUGAGCUUGUGUCAGAAGAGCCGCUGACGCACGUCGAGUCCAGAGUGAUAUCCUGUGAUGGAGGUGGAGGAGCACUGGGACACCCCAAAGUCUACAUUAACUUGGAUAAAGACACCAAAGUAGGGACGUGUGGCUACUGUGGGCUGCAGUUCAAGCAGAAGCAUCAUCACUGAAGCAUCAGUCCUGUACUCGCUUCUCUGUAUAAAAUAAAUUAUGUUAACUGG